AUGACUACAACUCUCGCAAACCCAAUUUUAUCUUCUGGCGGGCUUGAUUCAUCAUCGGAAGCAAGUGUAAACUCAACAUCUCCCUUUCAAGAUUCUACUCACCGAAAGAACUGGAUUUUUAGCAAGGAUCAAUUAAUAGAGAUUAGAAAUAAAUCAUUGGAAAAGGUUAAAGAACAAAUAUUGCAGCUUCAAGAGAAAUAUACAGAAAAGCUGAGUGCAAAUGAUUUACUAUCACCAGAAGAGGAAUCAUUGAUCGUAUUAAAAUACUCCGAAAUGUUGUUGGAAAUUUCAACACAAUUGAAGUAUCCUUUGCACGUGAAAGCCACUGCUCUAACUUAUUUGAAACGCUUUUAUUUAAAACAUUCUAUUAUGGAAUAUGACAUUGUUUUCAUGAUGCUCACCUGUAUAUUUCUGGCUACAAAGACAGAGGAAAAGUUUGUCGCUCUGGCACAAUUUCUAGAGAAUGUAAACGCAAUCACUUCAGGUGCUGGGACCUUAACAUCUCAAUUUAUAUUUAAGAACGAAUUGAUAUUAUUACAAGGACUGGAUUUUAAUUUGAUGGUCUAUCAUCCAUAUCGUUCAUUGUACGCUUAUGCUCAUGAUUUGCAUGACAUGUAUGGUAAUGACGCAGAUACUCUCUAUGAAGGAGCUCAACAAAAAAUUACAGACCUCAUCAAAUCAACCGAUGCCAUCUUUUUAUAUAUACCACCGGUGAUAGCUCUUGCAAGUUUGUACAUUGUUAACGCUGAUGUUGCAAAGAAUUUCAUUUCAAAAAAGUUCCCAACUCAAGAAGCACAACUAUUGAGACAGGUAGAAGAAAUCAAGACAAUUUAUCUUUCAUCAACACUUGAAAAAUCAAAGAUAAAGUCAGCUGAAAAGAAACUGAAAAAGAUUCGAAAAAUUCUCAAACCUCAGCUGGAAGAAUUAGAAGAACGCUAUUUAACUCAAAUUGCUGAGGAGCAGCGUGUGAAAAGAGAAGACAAGUAUCGCAAAAGAGACUUACAACAGCAACUGGAACAAAAGCAAUUCUUGUAG